AUGACAAAUAUGCCGGAAGUAAAUAGUUUUACCUUUUUUGUAACAGGACCUCAAGGACCAAACGGAACCAGAGGACUUCAAGGAGAGAAGGGGCCCCAGGGGGAUCAGGGCCCUAAAGGCGAGCCAGGGACACCUGGAGCAAAGGGAGAGAGCGGUGCACAAGGACCCCCCGGACGUGUGGAUGCAGAGAGCAUACACUUGGUGGGGGAUAAUCAGGCUGUCAUUCAACCGUGGAGACUCCGAGUGGGGGCCUGGCGCCUAGACCAUCGCAUCGGCAGCAUUCAGUACCGCAGGCGCACACACGAGAUUCAAAUAGCCAUAGCAGGGUAUUACUUCGUGUACAGCCAGGUCAUGUACUAUGAUGAUAAGGCUUACCGUGUGUCAUAUGGCGUGUUCGUGAACCGUUAUCAAGUCCUCGGAGGCAGCCUUCACAGCCCUGAAGUAAAGUACAACAGCAUGUUCAGCGGUGGCGUACUCAAGCUUCAAGCGGGGGACCUUUUAUCGGUACGGCUCACCCGUAGAGCCCCAACCAAGCUCAAGAUGAACUCAAGUAUGAGCUACUUCGGCGCCUUCCUCGUGCAUGGCAACCCUGCAAAGGCGAUAGGACAACCGAGUUAGAGCUACACAUACACAAGCCAACCAUACAAGGGCGAUAGGACAACCGAGUUAGAGCUACACAUACACAAGCCAACCAUACACGGGCGAUAGGACAACCGAGUUAGAACUACACAUACAACGCAACCAUACAAUGGCGAUAGGACAACCGAGUUAGAGCUACACAUACACAAGCCAACCAUACAAGGGCGAACUAUACAUACAACGCAACCAUACAAUGGCGAUAGGACAACCGAGUUAGAGCUACACAUACACAAGCCAACCAUACAAGGGCGAACUAUACAUACAACGCAACCAUACAAUGGCGAUAGGACAACCGAGUUAGAACUACACACAUACAAGGCAAUCAUACAAGGGCGAUAGGACAACCGAGUUAGAACUACACAUUCACAAGGCAAUCAUACAAGGGCGAUAGGACAACCGAGUUAGAACUAUACAUACAACGCAACCAUACACGGGCGAUAGGAAAACCGAGUUAGAGCUACACACAUACAAGGCAACCAUACAAGGGCGAUAGGACAACCGAGUUAGAACUACACAUACAAGGCAACCAUACAAGGGCGGUAGGACAACCGAGUUAGAACUAUGCACAUACAAGGCAACCAUACACGGGCAAUAGGACAACCGAGUUAGAGCUACACAUACAAGGCAACCAUACAAGGGCGAUAGGACAACCGAGAUAGAACUAUACAUACAAAGCAACCGUACAAGGGCGAUAGGACAACCGAGUUAGAACUAUACAUACAAGGCAACCAUACACGGGCGAUAGGACAACCGAGUUAGAACUAAACAUACACAAGGCAACUAUACAAGGGCGAUAGGACAACCAAGUUAGAACUAUACAUAGGCAACAAUACAAGGGCGAUAGGACAACCGAGUUAGAACUAUACAUACAACGCAACCAUACAAGGGCGAUAGGACAACCGAGUUAGAACUACACAUUCACAAGGCAAUCAUACAAGGACGAUAGGACAACCGAGUUAGAACUAUACAUACAACAAAACCAUACAAGGGCGAUAGGACAACCGAGUUAGAACUAUGCAUACAAGGCAACCAUACAAGGGCGACAGGACAACCGAGUUAUAACUAUACAUUCAAAAGGCAACCAAACAAGGGCGAUAGGACAACCGAGUUAGAACUAUACAUACAACGCAACCAUACACGGGCGAUAGGACAACCGAGUUAGAACUAAACAUACACAAGGCAACUAUAAAAGGGCGAUAGGACAACCAAGUUAGAACUAUACAUAGGCAACAAUACAAGGGCGAUAGGACAACCGAGUUAGAACUAUACAUACAACGCAACCAUACAAGGGCGAUAGGACAACCGAGUUAGAACUACACACAAACAAGGCAACCAUACACGGGCGAUAGGACAACCGAGUUAGAACUACACAUUCACAAGGCAAUCAUACAAGGGCGAUAGGACAACCGAGUUAGAACUAUACAUACAAGGCAACCGUACAAGGGCGAUAGGACAACCGAGUUAGAACUACACAUUCAAAAGGCAACCAAACAAGGGCGAUAGGACAACCGAGUUAUAACUAUACAUACAACAAAACCAUACAAGGGCGAUAGGACAACCGGGUUAGAACUAUACAUACAACAAAACCAUACAAGGGCGAUAGGACAACCGAGUUAGAACUACACAUUCAAAAGGCAACCAAACAAGGGCGAUAGGACAACCGAGUUAGAACUAUACAUACAACGCAACCAUACAAGGGCGAUAGGACAACCGAGUUAGAACUACACAUUCACAAGGCAAUCAUACAAGGGCGAUAGGACCAUUAUUUGUAACAGAAAAAAAGAAAAGAAAAAUAUUUUUUCAACAUUA